CGUACGACUGCUUAUUUAAACACCCCUCCGACUCUCUCGCGGUUACUUCGCUAUUUGCCUACUUGGGUCAAGCCAGAGACAGGUAGCAGGAUAGCUCGUCCAGACUCGCAGGCACGGACUCUUGCUACGGAACUCACUCAGCCAUCACUCUGCUAUAAGGUCGAAGCUCUUCGCCUCGACGACAAAAGCGACAGCCAGAUUCCACGGCUCCCCGUUCUCGCCCGCUACCACUGGCCACCACACCACUUCAGUCGCCCUCCCUUUUUGGCUUCUUGGAGCAUGCCCCACGCCAUCCCCGACACCACAUCACUCCCGAACGCUAACAACAUGUCACGUCCAUCGUCGACGUCGACGUCGAGCGCUGCCGUCGCCGUCGCCGCUGCUGCUCCUAGGCCCACCACCGGCGCCAACACCCUGCUAGCUCCCGAACCCAUCGGCGAGCAACUCUCGCCCUCGCGAUCGACAUUCUCCUUCGAAUCGUCUCCAAAGUCGGUGCAGGCUGCUGAGAACACGGUCCAGCAUGACGAUGCCAGAAUCAUCCGCCCGGCCACUGCUAUGGCUGCCAUCGCUGCACGGAACCCCCCGACAUCUGGUGGCCCUGUCGUGCAGUCGACCGGUGGUGGGUCGCGCCGUCGUGCUCAGUACUACGAGGAGCAAUUUGCCUACAAGGAUGAUACCGUCUCCUCUGCCCGCGACCGUGUGACCAAGGAUGCACCUAUUGUGGCCGAAUUGCGCACAAACGUUAUUAUCAAGGACGAAUACACGCUGGUGACCGAUCUGUCGCACCACCUCGCUGUGCGCUACCAGAGACCAGAGUCAUCCAUCAUGAUCACCGUGAGUCACUCGGCCUGUCUGCUGCUGGGCGGCUCCUUUGAGCCCACCUACGUGCUGAGCAUCACCGCUCUCCCUGUUCAACUGCAGCCUACCACCAACAAGCGGAAUGCCGCCCUCAUCCAGGCCUUCAUGUUCGAAUCCAUUGGCGUUGCCACCGACCGCGGUAUCAUCAAGUUCCUCCCCAUUGAGCCCGAAUGCUUCGCUACCAACGGAUCCACUCUCUUUGGCGAGAUAGAGCGGCUGCAGCGGCAAUCGGCCGACGAGAACGGUGGUUUGAAGCGCGCUCUCACCAAGGGUUCUCGGCGGUCUGCCGUUAGCAAAGCCAAGAGUAGCUUUCAGCUGUCUCGAAAUGAUUCCAAGGCUAAUGCUCCAGCAAGAACCACUAUCACCCCUCCACUUCCUAGCCCUGGCCCAUUCGACUCCGGAGUUGCGGUCGACCAAGGCACCGACGUGACCCAGUCCCAUCCCGCCGUUACCAAACCCCUCAACAAAUCAUCCAUGAAAAGCCCGUCUUCUAAACGAACAACCGAUAAACAAGCAACUUUCUCGCCCAACGUACAGGACAAUUCACAGCAGCCUAAAAUCAGUAAACGCAAAAGUCUUGCCGCCAUGUUCCGGCGGUGA